AUGCUUCGUACAGCAUUUUUGCUGGAGAAGACUUCACAUGCGCUAUUCCGUACCUGUGCAUUCAGCGGAAAGUUUAAUGAAUUUAAAGGUAGAUUGUUUCGUGCUGCUCAGUCAUCACGAAAACGAAAUGUUGCAACAAAGGAUGUAAUUGAAGAGACUCGUGCUAUGUUAGAAUUUGGCUUGACACGUGAACAUCUUCAGAAUUUGCCACGCAAAGAGCUUUUUCCCAAGAAAGCAAUGUAUAAUGUGGAUGAUGUAUACCGUAAAGCAUUGCAGGUACAUGGUAGUGAAAGAGGUAUACAGCAAAGGAUGCAAUUAUAUCAGAAGUAUUUGUAUCACAAUCCAUUGUUUGACGAAAGAAAACAUGAUAAAAACCAAUCUACUUCGUUUGCUGCAGAGGAUGCUACAAAUGCUGUGAAAAUUGCAUUGGGCACAAAUUUUCUUGAUGUUUGCUUCAAAUUAUGUGGCACAUUUAUUACUGGAUCAAAAAGCUUAGCUGCAGAAGGUUUGCAUAGCUCGCUGGAUUUAACCAACCAAAUUAUUCUAAUGUACGGAAUACGAUAUUCGAAAUUAAAUCCCACACCAACUUAUCCAUAUGGUUACGGCAAUGCACGAUACAUUGCUUCGUUAAUCAGUGGUUGCUGGCUUUUUGGAUUUGGUGGUGGUGUUUCGCUGUAUCAUGGUAUUACAGGUUUUCUUCAUCCUCAUGCAAUCGAAUCACCUGCAUGGGCAUUUAUCACUUUGACAAUGUCUUUCCUACUACAAGGAUCGUCAGCGUCAUAUGCAUGGUGGAAAGUACGACGGAAAGCAAAACAGUGUCACAUGUCCCUCACUGAAUAUGUGAGAACAAGUGCUGAUCCAAGUUUAAGUGUUGUGUGCUUGGAGGAUUCAGCAUCAAUUCUUGGAACAUUUAUUUCUGCUUCAUCAAUCGCAUUGAGUUGUGUGCUGGAAACAAGUAUUCCAGAUUCUGUUGGUUCAGUUUUGAUUGGUAUUUUGUUAGGUAGUAUUGCUGCAUUCAUUAUUCGCAAUAAUGCUAUGCAUUUGGCAGGAAAAUCAGUUCCACAAGUAGUAAUCAACGAUAUUGUGGCACACUUAAGACAUGACAAUAUCAUUAAAUCAGUACAUGAUGUGAAAGCAGUUGGACAUGGAGUUGGACAAGUUCGUUUUAAAGCAGAAGUUGGUUAUGAUGGACGAGCAAUUACCAAUUUGUAUCUUUCCGAUUCAUGUCACAUUCCAUCUCUUAUUGAAGAAGCAAAGAAAAUUAAAGAUGAGGAAGGAUUACGACGCUUUAUGUUACAUCAUGGUGAGCAUAUUGUUAAUCGUAUAGCUGAUGAAGUGGAUCGUAUUGAAGAGAUGAUCAGGAAGAAGCAUCCGGAUGUUAAACAUGUUGAUUUGGAACCAUUAUAA